AUGAAGCUUGAAGAAGUGAAGGACAUUCAGAAAAUUGAGAGGAUUGGAGCCCACUCCCACAUUAGGGGCCUAGGGCUAAACGACUGUCUGGACGCCCGGUACUGUUCAGAGGGCAUGAUAGGACAAAUGAGCGCACGGAAAGCCGCAGGAAUAGUUUUGCGCAUGAUCAAAGAAGGAAGAAUUAGUGGCAGAGCAAUUCUAUUAGCAGGGCAACCAGGGACAGGCAAAACAGCUAUCGCUAUGGGUAUUGCAAAAGCCCUAGGGGAGGAUACACCCUUUACGCAUAUAUCAGGAUCAGAAGUAUAUUCUCUAGAAAUGAGCAAAACUGAGGCAUUAACGCAAGCCUUUAGAAGAUCCAUUGGUGUUAGGGUUAAAGAAGAAUCGGAAGUUAUCGAAGGAGAAGUCGUAGAAAUUGAAAUAGAAAAAUUUAACGAUAAAGAUAUAAACAAUAUCAACAAAAAGGUAGGCAAAAUGAUUCUUAAAACAACCGAAAUGGAGACUCUAUACGAUUUGGGAAAUAAAAUGAUUGAGGCAUUACAGAAGGAAAAUAUUACAGCAGGCGAUGUUAUCUGUAUUGAUAAAGGCACAGGCAAAAUUACAAAAAUUGGGAAAUCUUUUGCUCGAUCCAAAGACUACGAUGCUAUGGAUCCAAACACAAAUUUUGUUCAAUGUCCUGAAGGAGAAUUACAAAAAAGGAAGGAAGUAGUCCACACAGUUACUCUACAUGAUAUUGACGCCAUAAAUAGCAGGACACAAGGAUUUCUAGCUUUAUUCUCAGGAGAUACUGGAGAAAUUAAGAACGAAAUUAGAGAGCAUAUCGACAUGAAAAUUAACGAAUGGCAAGAAGAUGAAAAGGCGGAAAUUGUACCAGGUGUUUUAUUUAUUGACGAAGUACAUAUGUUAGAUAUCGAAUGUUUUUCCUACUUGAAUAGGGCCCUCGAAAGUGAGCAAUCUCCCAUUGUUAUUAUGGCAACAAAUAGAGGAAUUACACACAUUAGGGGAACGGACUAUAAAGCGCCCCAUGGAAUUCCCCUCGAUCUGUUAGAUAGAACUCUUAUUAUACCUACGUACCCGUAUAAGCAUCAAGAUAUAAUGAAAAUUUUAGAACAAAGAGCUGAAGAGGAAGACGUCGAAAUUGAUCAAUAUGCCAAGGAGCUGUUGUGCAAAAUUGCGUCCGAGUCAUCCCUAAGAUACGCACUGCACCUCAUCACUUUGGCUAAUUUAGUUUCGAAAAAAAGGAAAGCCACGGAAGUUACUGUCCAGGAUGUCAGAAGGGUUUACAACCUAUUUAUUGACGUCAAAAGGAGCACACAAUACUUAAUUGAAUACCAAAAUGAAUUCAUGUUUUCUGAGUUGCCCAAAGAGGACGAGGGAAUUAACCCAGAGGACUCCUAUGACGAAAAGAGAGAAAUACAGGAGAAGAAGUCGGUCAACGAUAACGCCGAUUCUUAA